AGAGUGUGUGUGUGAGAGCGUACACGCACGAAGAAGAUGAAGAGUCUGCGCGGGGCAAACCUACACGUUUUUAACUCCUUGAUGUGACCUUCUGCUUGGAAUUUGACCCGGAUCAGUGAUAUGCAGUCGCCUCUUCACCACACAUUCACUUUCAGAUCAACUAUUGAAGAAGUGACGAGCGUUGAUCUACCAGCGUGGAUUUGUUGGAGCUGCUUUUAGGUCGUAUAAAAUCACGAGUAAAGAGCGCGACUCGAAUCCUUCGUCUCCGCAUGAGCACCAAACGGACGAUUACAGCGCUGUCCAGUCCGGUGUUUACCGGAGAGCAUGAGCCGAGAUGAGCCAGAGAGACACGCUCGUGCAUCUGUUUGCUGGAGGAUGUGGAGGCACGGUGGGUGCGAUCCUGACCUGUCCGUUAGAGGUGGUGAAGACGAGGCUUCAGUCUUCCUCAAUAACGCUUUGCAUCUCCGGAGUGCAUCUGAGCACAGUUAAUGGAGCCAGCGUGGCACGUGUGGCUCCUCCGGGGCCCCUACAUUGCCUCAGAUUAAUUCUUGAGAAGGAAGGGCCUCGUUCUUUAUUUCGGGGCCUGGGGCCAAAUCUAAUUGGAGUGGCUCCUUCACGGGCCAUCUACUUUGCCGCCUAUUCCAGCUCAAAGGAGAGACUGAACUGUGUGUUUGAGCCAGACUCCACGCAGUUGCACAUGACGUCUGCUGGAAUUGCAGGGUUCACGGCCAUAACAGCAACCAACCCAAUUUGGUUGAUUAAGACGCGUCUACAGUUGGACGCCAGGAAACGCGGGGAGCGUCGCAUGAAUGCUUUCGAGUGUGUGCGGCGUGUGUAUCAGACGGAUGGCAUACGCGGGUUUUACCGCGGCAUGUCUGCAUCUUAUGCAGGCAUCUCAGAGACUGUGAUUCACUUUGUGAUCUAUGAAAGCAUAAAGCGGCGUCUUUUAGAGGCCAAAGCAGCAACGCACAUGGAUGGAGCUGAGGACACCGCCAAGGACGCGUCAGACUUCUUGGGCAUGAUGCUGGCAGCCGCCACUUCCAAGACCUGCGCCACCUCCAUAGCCUAUCCACACGAGGUAAUCCGCACACGGCUAAGGGAAGAAGGUACCAAAUACCGCUCGUUCUUCCAGAGUCUCAACCUGGUGUUUAGAGAGGAAAGCUAUCGAGCUCUGUACCGAGGACUCACCACACAUCUGGUCCGACAGAUCCCCAACACAGCCGUCAUGAUGUGCACCUACGAGUUCGUCGUCUACCUGCUCGAAGGCUAAACUUUGACUGGAGCUGCCUCAGUAUUCAUGACUGAAGAGUUUUAUUCACUAUUUGGUAGUGUGGUUUGAGGGGAUGGUGUUUGGAGAAACAGUGGAAGUGACUUAAAAGGUGGUGUCUAGAAAACAAUUUGUUCUUGGUUUUUCUUAACUUUGUCUUUUAAUGUUCUUUAAAAAGAUGCUACUUCUUAAAAGCCUGGACAGUCAGUUCAACUUUAGCCUCCUCGGAGUUGUUUUUUCCUCUCAAACAGCACCUCAGGUCAGAUAGAUCUUGUAUGUGGAUUCAGUAGGUUAUUUCCAGCAGAGAAGCUUCUUAUGUUGGAUUGUCAUUGAGGGUUUUGUCCGGCCCAUUGCUGUGCUGUGAUUUUCUCUAACUUUGCACUGGAAAGGAAUUGGAGAGGAUGCAAACUGAUGAUUUCUUCCUGUCUAGGAACAGCCAAUCUGGGUGCACUUACACCAUGCAAUACAAAAGCAUAAAAAUCUUAACAUGGAUGCAUGUACCUGAGACUGUGUGCACAUGGUGCAAAAAAAAAAAAAUCUCUAAGGUCUAAAGUGCAUUUAGUUUUUUGGACACUGUGCAGUGAUUGUGUGCUCAGAGAGUCAUAUUUGUGCAUUUACUCCCCAUAUUUGACCUUAGUACAUUAAAGUAACCAUCAAUGGAGCCAAAAUAAGUUGUUAGCACAGCAAACUUUAAUAAAUAUGUAUUCUGCAGCAAAUUUACUAAUGAAAGAAGCAAUCAUUCAAAAUUGAAAAGUAUUAUGAAAGAAAGUCAUUGCACUGUAACUCAAUAAGUUUAUUUUUUUGGUGGACAUGUUGCACCCCAUCACAAAAACACAAUGAGCACAUAAAAAAAAAAAAAGAGUUAGUGGCCAAUUAAAAGAGUCUCACGCUGCAAAAGAAAACUGCCUUUUUUGUCUUUUUGCAGUAAAAAUACCAAAACAUCCUGUGAAUAAGAUCACUUUGCUUGAGAAGCAAAAUUGGAUUAGAUAUUAAAACAGACAUUAUAUAUUUUAUUAAAACUAGAAGCAGUAUUAUUAAAUUUUUAGGAUUAUUACAAUAAAAUAAUAUUUAAUCAUAAUAACAAUCUCAACAAGCAUAAAUCUGUUUUAUUAGAUUUUUACUUGACUCACUGGCAAGUUUCUUCUUUUGUUGUCAAGAAUGAAAUGCCGUGUAUAUUGACUGAGAAUGUCUUUUAUAUUUAUUAUAUUUAUAUUUUUGAAAAGUGAAAUGAUCUUAUUUUAUAGGAAUGUUUGUUAUUUUCAUGAAAACAAGACUAAAAUACUGGGAUGUGUUGCUGUGUAGACCAAAAAAGUUAUUUAAAUAUAAAAUAUUGUCAAGCUGUCAAAAUCCAUGCCUUCACCUUUUGAUGCAGUCUUGUAUCUUGUUCUCUCACACUUAUGCCUUUAUGAUGUCACGAGUCCAGUGUUUGGUUGUUUUGUUUACAGUCAGUUUGGUGUGACCUGCUCGGUUGUCAGUGUUCCUUAAGACAUUAAUAUUCAGCUGUUAUAAAUCAUAUGGAAAUCAAUAAAUGCAUAUACUGUAAGAAAACAAA